CCUGCUGGCAUUCGAGAACUAUGGCAGAACAGAGACACAUCUCUGUUAGUUUUUCAGUGGGAAUACUUCUCUUGCUCACAUCUUACUCCCCACUCAGCACGGUGGCGGAGGAAGAUGGCGAAGGCAGCGGCGGGAGUGAGUGGGAAGGCGAUGGCAGCAUCAUUAUGGAUGAAAAUACACCAAUUACAUGGAAGUAUGAGCUCAUGUGGACCAAGUCGUCCAUUAAAACUCCAGUAAGGUCUGGCUACUAUUUCGACAUCGAGUCCAAGAAUUGUACCAUCGACGCCAACUGCACCGCUACUCUGCCGGGACUUGAGGAGGCUCUGGAUUAUGAUAGUGACCUCGCCUACAGCCCUUAUUGCAACACACCGGACGACGCAUCAAACGCCACGACCCCAAGCUACAGUGUCUACAAGUGCACGUGUGGGAAGGGUCUCUGCGUCUCCCGCACCCUUGAUUCAGGGACCGAUAUGCUCUUAUACUACUGCGGACAAUGCGGCUAUGUGGGCUCCGAGUGCAUGACUACUCGGUGUGAUCACGAGCUGGCGGAGUGUCGGGACGGCUACUGUGAGUGCAUUCAGGAGGGGACCUAUUACGACAUGACUUACUGCUACAUCCCCUUCUACGGCCAGGAGAUACUCAUCAACGUCCUCAUCGCGACAAGCAUCCUACUGCUGUGCUGCGCCACCCUGGCCUACGGCUACCAUAAGCUGGGGAACCGCAACCUCCGCCGGACGAGCUUAUACAGCGAGAGGGGGAGUGGCACCGGCAGACGAGAGUCUCCCCCCGAUGACACGCCGCCUGCCUAUGACGACGUGAUCGAGAAGCUGCCCUCCUACCAAGACGCCAUACAAAUGUUCGAAAAGGGUGAUGCUGAGAGAGGCCUGACCAACCCUGCCUUCGAGGGGGACGAGCCUAGCACACAGACAUCCAUGCCAGACCAAGACUCGACCACCACGGCUGUUGUCAUCGUGCAGCGUGACGCUGAAGGACAGAACGACGCUGCCUUUGAGGACGACAUGACCAGCCCACCGAGUUAUGAGGACACGACCACCACCACACCCCAGAUCAACCCCCUGGCAUCACCCCCCUUGCCUGGCGUAAACCCCAGUACCUCCCUACCUCAGGCUGGGGACAUCGCCAGCUUCCCACAGAGUUCGGCAAGGGAAGGGAGUGCUUCUCAGCCGGCGGUAAAGGACGAACAGCGUGCAGCGCGGCCUCAGCCCAUCGAGCUAAUACUGCAUGACACCCUCCACGCCCAACACACAACCACUUCGCUAUGAUGCGCCCGCCCACCACCGACGAGUAGGAACAUCUUAAUUGGGCAAUGUUUUCCUAGCCAGUUUUCAUUUGUAAGUCAUACUACUAUUAUUUCUGUUAUUAUCAUUAUCAUUAUUACUAUCCUUAUUACCCCCCUAGGAGCGUUGGGCCCCCCAUGCGUCCUCUGAUACGGAAUUCUGAUGAAGUAGAUAGUGGUAUAAUUUGUUAGAAUAGGCCCCUCACACUAAGCUUGGCCCCUCAUAUAAAGGUCCCGAGAUACCCCUAUGAGCUUAGCGAUACUUCUGAGGCACCUGCGAUCUAUUUACAGCUCAGCCUGAAAUGUACCGUAACAAUACUGUCUAGUCAUGCCGCAUCAUGAUGAGCUAAAUGAAAUCACAUGGUUGAACAUUACAUUUCUUGAUUAGAUUAAACAUAUAUGUGUAAACCAUUCUCCCUUACCAGAGGACGUGCCCAGAUUUCCAUAAUGUCCUUGCUUACUGCAGUCACCAACAUGCUCUUAUAGAUUACAUGUGAGACCUGCAGUUCGUAUGUUUAAGAUUUUAAUACUGCACGGGAAGGAGGAUAUAUAUUGUAUGUCUCGCCCAUGCAUUAUGUUCUGCUAACUUGUGGUAGAACAUUUUUUCUUAUCCAUUAAGAGCUAUAACCUUUAAUAAAGACAAUAAAUAAGGAAAAUA